GUCCGGACGCCCGCAAGUCCGUCGAGACUUCGAGAUCGCGUUUGUCCUUCACUUGUCCCGACUUUUUGCUCGACCAUCCCGACUUACGUCCCCAAUCACCGCCCACCAUGCCUCGUGAAAUCUCCGACAUCAAGCAGUUCAUUGAGAUCUGCCGCCGCAAGGAUGCCUCCUCUGCCCGCAUCAAGCGCAACCGCAAGUCCCAGCAGAUCAAGUUCAAGGUCCGCUGCCAGCGCUUCGUCUACACCCUUGCCCUGAAGGACUCCGACAAGGCCGACAAGCUCAAGCAGAGCUUGCCCCCAGCUCUCAAGGUCGUUGAUGUCUCCAAGGGCGAGAAGAAGAAGGCUCUGUAAAUACCUUCAAUGAUUGGAAGUAGGGAGAAGUGGGCUCGGAGGACGGUUGCCGAAGCAUAAGUCGACUGUCGAAUGGGAUUUGGCAUAGGCAUGGAUGCUUGUGGGCUGACACUGGAAUAAGUAUCAAUCCAACUUGUUUGAUGUCCAGGAGGAUUGGUAUUCCUGCGUCUGUCGGAUGCUGUGAUUAUAAGUCAGGAACGGCGCUUUUCACCGGCCAGACGACCUACAUAUCUAAAUCAACUUCCAGAGGAUGCUUGGUCGGAGCUCCCUGGGUUCAAUUACCUAAUGAAGAGAAAAACAGUUGAAAUGCCGUGCAUCUUGUCCAACUUCCAAUGUUACUAAGGUCUUUUGCUACGUUGAUUGAGAUCCUGUUUGCCGCCAUGGAGAUCCUAUGGGUAGAAAGUAGACGUGCUGUGGGUUUGGUAUUUGUAAGGCCUUCUGAAACUGGUGGUUGUCUAGACCACUCGCUAGUUUGGAGACAUGAGGCACGCCGAUGACUAGUUUUUGUUGGUAUUUAUAUGUGGAAGAGACGGCAUGGACUACAGGCGACGAUCCCUUCUGGGAAUCGCCAAAUAAUCAAGAGUGGAUAAAAGGACGUUGGAAUAGUAUGAUCUAU